UAAAGUGAUAAGUUUCCGUCAAUUCAAAUAACAGCAUAGGAGGACGGAAACGAGGUAUACAUGUGAUUUUCCAGCUAAUUACUUAAUGAAAUUAUAUUCAAAUGUGAAAGAUGGCUUCAAUUGUAAUUAUAUUUUCUGUGCUAUUGUAUUCACUUGCUGGAAUUGAAACUUGUUCGCUUUUAAAUAACUGUACACUUCAGUUAGAAGAAUUUUUCAAUGUCACACGUGAGAGCAAUGCUAUUUCAGUUAUGAUUCCUCUUUGCCUGAACAUAGUAGGCAAGAGUAAAUUACAAAAGUGUGAAAAUAACGCUGUAUUAAAGUGUGGGCUUGGUGGACAUGAAUCCGAGUAUUCUGCCUAUAGAGCUUUAAAAAUUAAAGCUCGAAAUCAUUGUCUCCAAGACUGUCCGGAAUUGGACGAUGUCAAAAUAUGUCAAGAUUUAAUAAAGUAUGACACGAUACAAAAAUCGGGGUAUUCUCAAUUCUGCAGUCAUUACAACAAUAUAAAAACAACGUGUGUGGACACGAAACUGAAGACAUGUUCCUUUCGAGACGAGUUAUUCCUGUCUGGAUUGUCUGGUGAUGUAAGACUUAUUGUUCAAACAAUCUGCCAGUCAGGUUGUUCGUCAAUUGACAAAACAAAACAAAUAAUAGACGGAUGCAACAGUAAGUUCACGAGAUCAAGCGGAAAUGGUUUUGCUGACUGCAACCUCUACAAGCAGUAUAUCAGUUGUAUUCAGAAAGGAUCACCUUGUCCCCAGUUCAGACAAGUUGCAAAGUAUUCCAAACCAAAAUUAUCAGAAGCUCAAGCCAGAUGCGAGCCAGCUACCACAUUUAAGGCUUCAACACCAGCCGCUCUUACGACAGUUCAAAGGACCACUAGACAUCCUAAAACAAGCCCAAAACAAACCAGUACAACAAAGCCCAGUAGCAGCACAAAAUUUGUUACAACAGGAACAACAGCUGGAAACGGUGGAAACUUCGCGAGGACGACGACUCAUGAUGAAGAACUUGCCAGAAGAUCUGUGUUAACUUACAAAACGAUUGAGGCGUCCACAACCUUCAGAAGUAGUUCAACAACGAAGGGCAUUUUAAAAAUGACUCCAAUUCCGGACAUUAAAACACAAAAAAUACAAACAGCCACGCCAUCCGUCAGUUACACGGUCAAAAAGCAAAAUGUUGCUUCUGUUGUUGAUGAAGCUACUAACUCAAUAACAAAGGACAAGAUAACAGCUAUGGAUACUACUGACUUACUAUAUUAUAAUACUAAUUCACCAGAGUCUACUAAUCCAUUAUCAACUAGGAGAUCGUCUGUGGAGGCUACAGAUUCAACAAGUUAUUCUACCAAAUCUCUUCGAAUAGUUGACGAAUCUACUAACUCAAUAACAAAAGACAAGAUAACAGCUAUGGAUACUACUGACUUUCUAUAUUAUAAUACUAAUCCAACAUCAACCAGGAAAUUGUCUGUGGAUACCAAACCUAUUCGUAAAGGUCCACAAAAUUCUGGGGCAAUGAAGACACGACCAACUUCACUCUGUAUUGCAGUAUUGCUGUAUUUUGUACUGUUUUAAUCUUUAUUAGUCUGUAUUUGUUUCUUUGUCUGUGAUUAAUUAUUUAACACUUCGUUGAUUUAAUCUUUUUUAUUUAGUUUGUAAAUAAAUAUAUUUUCUUAA